AUGCGUCGCUCCGUGUUACGGGCCGUCGAGUCCGCGAAGCCUCUGGCUCGUGUGCCUCGAUCGGUCUCAAGAGGCUACGCUUCUGCCACUGAGAUCAGUUCCAAGGACCCUGCGGAGCUCGACCAGAUCACCACACUGCCCAAUGGCAUCCGCGUCGCCACGGAAUCCUUGCCAGGACCCUUUGCGGGCGUUGGCGUCUACGUCGAUGCGGGCUCUCGGUACGAAGACGAGAGUUUACGGGGUGUUAGUCACAUCAUGGACCGAUUGGCCUUCAAGUCGACAAAGGCGCGCACAAGCGACGAGAUGCUGGAGACCCUCGAGAGUCUGGGCGGAAACAUUCAAUGCGCUUCGUCCCGCGAGUCGCUGAUGUACCAGUCCGCUAGUUUCAACUCGGCUGUGCCUGCGACCCUGGGCCUUCUGGCGGAGACGAUCCGCGACCCCUUGAUUACAGACGAGGAGGUGCUACAGCAGCUGGCGACGGCCGAAUAUGAGGUCAAUGAGAUUUGGGCCAAGCCUGAGCUUAUUUUGCCGGAACUGGUACACAUGGCGGCUUACAAGGACAACACGUUGGGAAAUCCUCUGCUUUGUCCGCGGGAGAGGCUAGAAGAGAUUAACAAGGCGGUCGUGGAGAGAUACCGGGAGGUCUUCUUCAAUCCCGAUCGGAUGGUUGUCGCCUUUGCUGGUGUGCCACACGCCGAGGCUGUCAGACUGACCGAGCAGUACUUUGGGGACAUGAAGGCGAGAGACAUCAGCAAGGGUCCCGUAUUAUCUGGUGCUGGUAUCGAGACAACGCUUUCGGACUCCAAGACGGCUGCUCAAGAGGGGCAGCUGCCCACAAUCCCUCAGUUCACUCCGUCGUCAACGGUUUCUACCACACCUACACCAACGAAAACCCAGUCUGUCCUCUCCAGACUUCCCUUCCUGAAGAACCUCUCUACUCCCACCCAGAAGCCCGGCUCCGUCGCACCGCUUGAUCCCUCGCUGGUGCAGCCGUCCUCGCUGGAUCUGACAAGGCCCUCUCACUACACUGGUGGAUUUCUCUCCCUCCCCCCAAUCCCCCCACCAGCAAACCCUAUGCUCCCUAGACUGAGCUAUGUUCAUCUCGCAUUCGAGGCUCUUCCCAUCUCUAGCCCUGAUAUCUACGCCCUCGCAACACUUCAGACGUUGCUUGGAGGUGGCGGGUCUUUCUCCGCCGGUGGGCCGGGCAAGGGUAUGUAUUCUCGCCUCUACACAAACGUGUUGAACCAGCACGGAUGGGUCGAAAGCUGUAUCGCUUUCAACCACAGCUACACAGAUAGCGGUAUCUUCGGCAUCUCUGCCUCGUGUAGCCCCACUCGCACCGCCGAGAUGCUUGAAGUCAUGUGCAGGGAAUUGCAAGCAUUGACCCUCGAUACGGGCUACAGUGCGCUGCAGCCACAGGAGGUCAACCGCGCCAAGAAUCAGCUUCGCUCCUCAUUGCUGAUGAACUUGGAAUCUCGCAUGGUGGAACUGGAAGAUCUUGGCCGCCAGGUCCAGGUGCACGGCCGCAAAGUCGGCGUCAAAGAGAUGUGUGACCGCAUCGAGGCUCUGACUGUGGAGGACCUGCGUCGUGUUGCCAGACACGUUUUCGGGGGCAACGUCCAAAACAAGGGCCAGGGCACUGGUAUACCCACUGUGGUGCUGCAGGAGGGCGAGCUGGAAGGGUUCAAACUCCGUCCCUUCCCUUGGGAGGAGAUCCAGGAGCGCAUUGCGCGGUGGAAGCUCGGAAGGAGAUGA